CAUGCAGUGCUGGACGCUGACUGGGAGUUUGUGGAAACUAAUUUUACGGACCUCAGUGAUGCAAUCGAUUACAAGGAUCCCUGCAAAGCUGCUGCCUUUCUCGGAGACAUUGCCCUGGAUGAAGAGGACCUCCUCAUGUUCAGAGAUGUCCGCAGCCUCCAGACCAACCGAACACACUCAGGUAACAGUUCCACCUCCAACGAGAGCAUCAGGAGUAAAAGAGCGGCAAAGGGAAUCCUCCGUCGCCUGAGGAGAGCGGCCACCUCCAGGGCCGAGCGAGUGUGGCCCGACGGCAUCAUUCCCUAUGCCAUCAGUGGGAACUUUACUGGCAGUCAGCGAGCCAUUUUCCGUCAGGCGAUGCGUCACUGGGAGAAACACACCUGUGUAACCUUCACUGAGAGGACGACCGAGGAGAGCUACAUCGUCUUCACCUACAGGCCGUGUGGGUGCUGCUCCUACGUGGGGAGGAGAGGCAGCGGCCCCCAGGCCAUCUCCAUAGGGAAGAACUGCGAUAAGUUUGGCAUCGUGGUGCACGAGCUCGGCCACGUGAUCGGCUUCUGGCACGAACACACGCGUCCGGACCGUGACGAGCAUGUGAGCAUCAUCAGAGACAACAUCCAGCCAGGACAGGAGUAUAACUUCCUGAAGAUGGAACCGGCCGAGGUCAACUCACUGGGGGAAGUGUACGACUUUGGCAGCAUCAUGCAUUAUGCAAGGAACACAUUUUCCAGAGGAAUCUUCUUAGACACGAUCUUGCCCCGUUACGAUGUCAACGGAGUCAGGCCCCCGAUUGGACAGAGGACCAGGCUCAGCAGAGGGGACAUCGCACAAGCUCGAAAACUCUACAAAUGUGCAAAGUGCGGCGAGAGCCUGCAGGACAGUUCUGGGAACUUCUCCUCUCCUGGUUUCCCCAACGGCUACUCGGCGUACUCUCACUGCGUCUGGAGGAUUUCUGUCACUCCUGGAGAGAAGAUCGUUCUGAACUUCACCUCCAUGGACCUCUUCAGGAGUCACUUGUGUUGGUACGACCACGUGGAGGUCCGAGACGGCUUCUGGGGGAAAGCGCCACUGAAAGGUCGCUUCUGUGGAGACACACUUCCAGAUCCCAUCGUCUCCACUGACAGUCAACUGUGGAUUGAAUUCAGGAGCAGCAGCAGCUGGCUGGGCAAAGGCUUCUCCGCUGUUUAUGAAGCCAUCUGUGGGGGAGAGGUGACGCGGGACAGCGGCCAGAUCCAGUCCCCUAAUUAUCCCGAUGACUACCAGUCCAGUAAAGUGUGCGUGUGGAAAAUCACAGUGGCAGAGGGCUUCAAUGUUGGCCUCUCAUUCCAGUCAUUUGAGACUGAGAGACACGACAGCUGCGCCUACGACUACGUGGAGGUUCGGGACGGCGGCUCGGAGAACAGCCCGCUGCUCGGCCACUUCUGUGGCUACGACAAACCGGACGACAUCAAGAGCAGCUCCGACCAGCUCUGGCUCAAGUUCGUGUCCGACGGGUCGGUCAACAAAGCCGGAUUUGCAGCCAACUUUUUUAAAGAGAUGGACGAGUGCUCCCGACCCGACAACGGUCACUGCGAGCAGCGCUGCCUGAACACGCUGGGCAGCUACAGGUGCGCCUGCGACCCCGGAUAUGAGCUGGCAGACGACAAACACAGCUGUGAGACAGCUGCCUGCGGUGGGUUCAUCACCAUGCUGAACGGCUCGCUCACCACCCCCGGCUGGCCCAAAGAGUACCCCCCCAACAAGAACUGUGUGUGGCAGCUGGUGGCGCCCAUUCAGUACCGCAUCACCCUGGUGUUCAACGUGUUCGAGACCGAAGGGAACGAUGUGUGUAAAUAUGAUUAUGUGGAGGUGCGCAGCGGCUUGAGCUCAGACUCAAAGCUUCAUGGGAAAUUCUGCGGAGCGGAGAAGCCCGAGGUCAUCACCUCCCAACACAACAACAUGAGGAUCGAGUUCAAGUCGGACAACACCGUGUCCAAGAGGGGCUUCAAGGCUCACUUCUUCUCCGAUAUAGACGAGUGCUCAGAUGACAAUGGCGGCUGCCAGCACGAGUGCGUGAACACCUUCGGGAGCUACAGCUGUCAGUGCCGGGGGGGCUUCAUGCUGCACGAUAACAAGCACGACUGCAAGGAAGCCGGUUGUGAUCAUGUUGUGAACAGUGCGUCGGGAAUCAUCAGCAGCCCCAACUGGCCGGACAGAUAUCCCAGCAAGAAGGCGUGCACCUGGUCUCUGUCCACAACCCCGGGCCACCGCAUCAAACUCGUUUUCAACGAGCUCGAGAUGGAGGCCCAUCUGGAGUGCGCCUACGACCAUCUGGAGAUCUUCGACGGGCGAGACACCCGCGCCCCGAGUCUCGGACGCUUCUGCGGCACCAAGAAACCUUCUCCGGUCGUCUCCAGUGGCAACAAACUGUUUCUGCGGUUUGCCUCAGACAACUCGGUGCAGAAAAGAGGCUUCGAGGUUUCGUACAGAGCAGGAUGUGGAGGGAGCCUGAAAGCCGAGGUCAAGACCAAAGAUCUGUUCUCUCAUGCACAGUUUGGAGAUAACAACUACCCCGGUGGCUCCGACUGCCUGUGGGUGGUCACUGCCGAGAAGGGCUACGGAGUGGAGAUCAUCUUCCGAGUGUUUGAGAUCGAGGAGGAGGCCGAGUGCGGGUACGACUACCUGGAGCUGUACGACGGCGCCGACAUCAAGUCUCCGAGGCUGGGACGCUACUGCGGAUCUGGGGCUCCAGAAGAGGUCUAUUCGGCUGGAGACGCCAUCAUUUUAAAGUUUCACUCGGACGACAGCAUCAACAAAAAGGGCUUUCACGUGCGCUACACAAGCACCAAGUUCCAGGACACGUUACACGCAAGCAAGUGA